AUGGUGGAYCGAUAGAUAUAUUUUAGUGUUUAUCGAAAUUCUUAUCUUGUUAAUAUGAUUAGGAUUACAAAGARGCUUCCAAGGCAAUCUUGGUUGACUAAAGAUUUCCCGCUAAUAGCAAUAUUCAGAAGUGCUUCACARAAUCAUAAAAAGAAGAUAAAAAUAGUUGAAGUUGGUCCAAGAGAUGGUCUUCAAAAUGAAAAGGUUAAUGUACCUACUGAGGCAAAAAUCAAGUUGAUUGACAUGUUAUCGCAAACUGGUUUACCAGCAGUUGAAGCAACAAGCUUUGUGUCCCCUAAGUGGGUACCACAGAUGGGAGAUCAUUGUGAGAUCAUGAAGGGUAUCACAAGACAGCCAUUAGUAUCAUAUCCUGUACUGACUCCCAACCUCAAGGGUUAUCAAUCAGCUGUUGCAGUUGGUGCCAAAGAAGUUGCAAUCUUUGGAGCUGCAUCUGAAUCAUUUAGCAAGAAAAAUAUAAACUGUUCAAUUAAAGAAAGUCUUCAAAGAUUUGAAUCAGUAUGUGAAGCAGCAAAGUCUGAUGGUAUUCUUGUGAGAGGGUAUGUGUCAUGUGUUGUUGGUUGUCCUUAUGAAGGYCAUAUUAGUCCUGAUGCAGUGGCAGAGGUAUCCCGUAUUAUGUUAGAAAUGGGCUGCUAUGAAAUCUCACUUGGUGACACAAUAGGUGUUGGAACUCCAGGAACUGUAUCUAAGAUGCUAGAGUCUGUAGCUAAAGAUAUCCCAGUAGAUAAAUUAGCCAUUCACUGCCAUGAUACAUAUGGACAAGCUCUUGUGAACAUACUUACAGCAAUUCAGGCUGGUGUGCGGACUGUAGAUGCUUCUGUCAGUGGUUUGGGAGGCUGUCCAUAUGCUCAYGGUGCUUCUGGGAAUGUAGCAACUGAAGAUGUUGUUUAUAUGUUAAAUGGGAUGGAUUUUGAAACAGGARUAGACUUAAACAAGUUAAUGAUGGCUGGGGAUUUCAUAUGUGGUGUAAUAGGAAAAACUACUGGUUCAAAGGUCACACAGGCUCUGAAAAAACAAUAAUAUUAAUAAUGUUACAGGGAUGUCAACUCUCACGAAUGAAAAAUAUAUAAACUGAUUAUGCAAUGUCUAAUCCUAUCAGAAUAUGACGUGAUUUAUGAUGUCAUUCACAUGGUGUGACGUCAUACACAUAAUCGAGGUAAUUUCUCCAGAUAUAUAAAGUUCGGGGGUUGACAUUCCUGAUGUUAUGAAAUCAAGUAUUUAUUUGAGGUUGUAAAAAUUAGAUCCAAUAAAAUGCUGUCAAUCAAGAUGAUGAAUAAAAUUUAAUGUUGUUUCUUUAUUGCACAACUUAAAAUGGUGUCAAGUUUUAGAAGAUAAUCUCAGGGAGAGGGGGUCUGACCCCUAUAUAUGAGAGUGUGGAGAUGUUCAUGAUUAUUUAUUGAAAAUGGCCGGCUUAAGGAUACCGAAAAGGGUGUGAGCUCAAGGAUGUGGCAGAAAAU